GGGGCUUGAGGGUCACAAGGGCCCUGAACUGUGACGCCCCCACUCAGGGUUGGGGGUGGAAGGAAAAUAAGCAGGCUCUAACUCCGCCCCCGGCUUGGGAUUGGCCAGUCGUGCCCGCACCUAGGCGAGGGGAAGUGAGCUUGGGCUGUAGCUCCGGGGGGUGGGGGGGCGCCCGGUCGACGUCCUCUGGACGUAUUUUCUUCUCCCGGAGUGCCCUCCAACUCUACUGCCAUGGCCUUUCCCUCUACCUUGCGACUGGGCCGAGAGGCAGUGUCGAAGACUAUGCAGCUAAAAGCAUGGGGACUUCGAGAAUUUGCUUCAGCAGUUUUUUUCUCUACAAAAUCAGAAGGCAGUGAAAAAGGAAAACAAAAGAAGUCUAAAAUGCAACAGUCACCACAAAAUGUAGUGGCACCAAAGGAAGGGGUCCCUGCCCCAAGAACUGAAUUUACUAAAAAGUUGUCAUCACCCGAUUCUUAUCCAUCAGCUGUGAAUAAAGCCAAGACCAUAGAUACUAUUAACUCUGAUGACAUCAAGCAACAGACAGCUGAAGAAAUCAGGAAACUUUUGUCAAGAAAGACUGUAGUAGAGUUUCCUCAUCGAGUUUCAAGUUCUUCACUCAAAGCAAAGGAUACUUAUUUAGGAACCAACCAACAGACCCAAAAAGCAGCUAAAGUUGGUUUGUCAUCUGACUCUGAUUCUGAUUCUGAUCUGGAAGAUAGUAUCUCAGAAAUUGUCUUGAAACCUCAGAUGGCUGUCCAAACCAAAGGAGAGUUUCCACAACAGAAAGCUUUUGAGACCAAGAUUCAAAGACCUUUGAAAUUACCUGAGAAGAUCCAGUUCCAGAAGGCACACAUGGACUCCACACAUGUGGAGAAACCUCAUCAGUCAGAGAUGAAAUUGACUGUUGAGCCAUCCGAAGCUCAUAAAGAAACUAAAAUACCCAAAUCAGAAGUAAGAGAAUAUUUUAGAGAGCAAAGUAUUAACGAAGCACACAAGCAGAAUUCUAUGUUUAAGUUGAACAAAAUGACUAAAGACCAAAAGGCAGUAGAAAUUCACAGGGACGUAUCUGACCAAACGGAAGGAGGAUCAUCAACCCAGUUAGAUGUAGAAACAAAACUGUUCAUCGAGAAAGAAGAAAACAGAGAAGGGAAACGGAGAACUAUUGAUUUUACAGCAGAUUAUUUUGAGAACAAAGAUGUUUUGCAGGAACAGGUACCCAUCCUAAAUUUGGAAGCACCUCCUCCUCAGACCAAAGAAGAUAUUUUAGAGGAAAAUGUGCCAGCGAUAAACACAGGCGAAAAGGAAGAAGUAAUUCAAGAGUUGGAAAAUCAAGGCAUCAUACAGGGUAUUGAAAGUGCUGAGUCAGUUGAUAAUUCUACCUAUAAGAACCUCCAACAUCAUAACUACAAUACUUAUACCUUCUUAGAUUUUCACCUGGAUCUUUUGAAAUUUAGGUUGCCUCAACCAUCCUCAGGACGAGAGUCACCUAGACACUGAGAGUGGAAAGUUAAAAGGAAAAUUUCAUGUUUAUCUGUGAUUCAACUUGUGAAUCAUUGUCGCAUUUUCUCCCCCAUAAAUAAAGCCAAUUCAACAGUAA